AAUGUUUUUGUAGGCAAUACAGUUACAGCUUUGUAUUGUAUAGAAGAAAAUCCACAGUUUAUGGAAAUAACAGCUUCAUUUGUUUUUCUUAUAAUGCAGAUUUUAGCUAUAAACAACAUGUGAAAAAAAUAGAUACAACCUGUAUUGGAACAUGAUAUUUUUACUCACUAAUUAGCCUAAAUAGUAGCCUAGCGUUCGCCAGUGAGAAUAAUUUUGAAUGACCUAACGGAGAAUCCUACUUGCGAACAUGGGCCAACUGUAUUAUUUCAAAUAACCAACGACAGCGAUCGCCCCGAAGAGGAGUAUUUUGCGUGUACAGCUAGUCGCAAUGGUGAAUGUUCAUUUCAUAUUAAAAAGAAUGGAGAAUCGCGUUAUAUGCGCAAUGAGGUGAAAACAUCGAUUGCAACAGAAAUGUUUACCGAGGUACGCAACGCAGAGGCUUCUCAAAAGAUGUAUUGUAUCACGUGUCAAAAAUUAUUGCUGAAGUCAGAUUUAAGUUACCACAAAAAUCAUAGGGUUUAUGAUGAACUAGACGAAGAGACACUAAAGGAACCUACGCGUGUUUUACUACCAUUAAGCCGUGACGGUAACGAAGCGCAAUAUUUUUUUACUGAUAGUGCAUUGCACUGCUUCGAAAGCAUCUUUAGACAUCUAAUGAUUACAAAAGUACUAUGCGUUGGAGCACCCAGAUUGCAUGAAUACCUCUCCACUAAAACUAAUAUUAGUUCGUUGUUACUGGACAUUGAUGAACGAUUCCGUUGGUUCUACGAUGAAGAUCACUUCGUUCAUUACAACAUGUUCAAUCAUUACUUUUUCAACGGGCAAUGUGCAGAAAAUGUCUUCGGAAAUUUUUUAUUGAAUCCUGGUUUUUCCCACAGAAUAUGUAUCUUUACUGAUCCUCCCUUCGGAUGCCGUACCGAGUUGCUAGCGAAUGCCAUAAGAACAAUAAAUCAAUCGUACAACAGAAUCAAUUCAACUACUCAAGAAAUACUGCCGGUAUUCUUGAUAUUUCCUUAUUUCAUGGAAAACUACGUACAAAAAGUAAUGAGUGCUAUGGAAAUGACGGACUAUCAGGUUAAUUACAGCAACCACGACAAAUUCCACGACGGUAAAAGCGGAUUAAAAAACGGUACCCCGGUUCGAAUGUUUACCAAUGUUCCCAUGGAUUCGUUCUCUCUACCUGCUGAUCAAGGAUACAAGUAUUGUUCAAAGUGUAGAAGAUACACUCAUAUAUCCAAUUCACAUUGCUCUAUAUGUAAAAUGUGUCCUUCGAAAAACGGAUCCACCUAUCGUCAUUGUUUGAAAUGCAAUUGGUGUGUUAAACCAAACUACAAACACUGCAACCGUUGUGGGAGAUGCACCCAAAUACAGGGACAUGUUUGCCAUUCCUACGUGAACCAAAUAACGUGUAGAAUUUGUACAACGAAAGGCCAUACAGAGAAAAAUUGUGUUUAUUGGAAAAUUAAACAUAAGAAGUUCAAUACAGGCUGCCUAAUAUGUGGUGGAAAAUCUCAUAUAAUCAAGCACUGUAAACUGCGCAAACAGCGUUUAAAAGAAAAAUAUUUUCUUGGCAAUUAUUCCAACUCAAUUAACAAUAUUGUAGAAUAACACCCUUAUUCUCAUUUUUGAACGAAUAGGAAACGUACGCAAAUACCAUCAUUGUUUUCGAACGAGCCAUUCGUCGUAUUUUAAUUUACAGUCGUACUAGAUCAUAUUAUUGGUGUGCUUAUUUGAAUAAACUACAUUAUCGACAUUGAUGACAGCUGUUUACAUUUUUUACACUUCUGUUCUGUUUUUGUUUGAGCUUGCUCGGAUGGAGGAGCUAACCGAGCUUGGUGCCGCCUAUACCCAAAUAACUCAUCUUUCUUCCCGGCUGGGCAAUCUAUGGAAUUUGCGUUCACCCACUCUGCGCAACAAUCACUUCGUCUAUCUGCCCCGGGAUCUCACAGUGCUCAGGCUGGUAUUUCUCGACAUCAGCAACAAUAUUGCUAUCCUGCCGGUGGAAUUUCGACAAAUGCGCUCGCUGGUCGAUCUAGAACUGUCGAACAACCCGAAUACCUCACCACCAGCAAGCAAUAGUAAAAUACCCAUUCCAAAUGGCACCCCGAAAAAGGCGGCCGUGUCUUACAGCAGCUGUACGGAUUACGCAUACGUGAAGACGAACAGUCCCUACAAGGCGUCCACUGGCAUUCUGACCCAUAACAGCGUUCCUACUUCGAUUUCGAAGCCAACGGUAAACGGGGGAAACCAGAAGCCAAUCUCUGCAACCGUUGAAACCUAACAAGUGGGUUGGAGUUAAUUUGUAACGAUAUUAUGUUUCGCGAUAAGUUAACCCACGUUUCUCGUACUGGCAAUAUCCCAAGAAAGGCUUCUCACAUUUGGCACAAAGUUCUGAAACAAUAAUAUUAUAUGAACAAGUGCCAACUUCUGGAAACUAGACUGAACCUGGAGGCAAUCGCCAACGAGAUUGACACGGUUCAAUGCUGUUGCUCGACGAAAGUAGGUAGUAACCUAUGCGGAUUUAUUUAUCUGAACGCUCUUCGUUCAAGUGUCAGACAUUGAUUGAUCUUAUACAUAGUUCCAAGCAGAUGAAUAAUGUUACAUAUAUUUCAAGUGCUGGAGCGUUGCAUCUGGCAACUGAAUGCAAAUAAAAAACUUUGACGAGUUUAAUGCUGGCUCUAGAUAUUCGGAUGGAUUGAUCAUCGGUUUACAGCUUCAAAAUAUAAUUUAUUAAUAAAACUUAGCUCGAUCGAACCAUUUCUCCUGGGAUUUAUUUACAAUCCCGCUUUGCAUCACACUGCUUGAACAGUGGAAGAAGCAAUCCUAAGUGUGACACAUUUGCUUAGGGAUUAACUAUAAAAAAAAGUUGCUUCAAUAGCUGGAAUACAUUGGGUCGUUCUAAGUGGGAAAUUAACUUUAACGCCUCUGGGAUCUCGAUCUCUGCACAUGUUAGCAGCAAACAUCGCUACCUUGACACGAUCCUUUCGGAAAUAUUGUGUAAAUUGUCAAUUGGCGAAAAUAUUCGCCAACAGUUCCACUAAAAUGCAAUUCAUUAUCCACAGCGCUAGGCAAGUAUCCACAAGAAUGUCUGGGCUGAACCGAUGUUAUCGACUUUGCGAAAGAUUCCAUAAAAAAAAAAGAUUUAGGUUGAAUUCUAAGUCUUCCAGUGGCAUGGUUGAAAAACUCCAAAGCAGCGUUGAUAAAUCUAUGGCGCGGAAGUAGUUUCUUUGUUGAUUUCUGUUUCGAUGUGUUUGGAUAAUUCGGUCAGAAAUAAGCGGUUCAAACAGCCGUAUGGCACCCGCCAUGUUUUUGAUGCCAACAUCUCACACGUUAGAAGUAUUUGUUUUUUUCAAAACAGCGAUCCGCGUUGACGGCAGUGAGCUUCGUUUACUAGUUUAGGGGAGCGUCAAAGAACAGCUGAUUUUCAGUCGGAGUGAACGUUUUCAAUAUUAAAAUUAUGAAUGAAAAUUAGCUUUCUCAUAUCAAAUUAGUAUUCUGUUUAAAUUAAAAACAGUUUUGUUUGCAGGUGGGGAAAAAGUCUCAUACGAAAAUUGUUUAUGAAGACAACUUGAUAUUAUAAAGAAAAAAAUCAGCAACAAUGUUGGAAUUGUAUGACCAUAUGGUUGAAUGAAAGUCAGAAAUACGUGUUUCUAAUAAUUAAAUAACAUAAUGUGAAAAUUUUCAUUCAAAUUUUAAAAUUUGAAAACCGGCUUCGUGUCUACUAAUCUGGUAGAGAUUACACUAACGAUUUUGGGACCCAAAUUAUGACUCAAACUUGAAGUCGCCACCAGACGUCGACGUUAUCGCGAAUUACCAAUUUACCACCAUCUGACAUAUCGUGAUGUCGAUGAUGAACUUUUACAGCAGAGGGAUAGUGAGAUAGGCGGUGACGGUAGGUAGAGUGAGAUAGCGAUAAUCGUGUCAUACACCUGGGUUCAAAUCAUCGUCCCAUAUAAGGUUAUCAAAGAUAUAUGCGAAAAGAUGAGACAGCCCUUGGAAAUCAAAACAUUUCCCAUGGCUUUGUACAAUAUUUCUAGGGAAUGAGUAUGAAUUAGGUUUACAAUAAAAGGAAUCAAGUAAAGUCAAUCGUUCCUACCGUAUUUUUUCCAUGAUUUCUUCGGAACAAAUCUGAUUCAUUUGGGACAUUUCACCAAUGUGACAAACAAGGCUGAAUCACUUUCUUCAAAGUUCAAAAACUUCAAAGUUGUCAACCGGUCAAGAAACAAUUCGGAAAAAUUUAUUAGCAAAAAAAAACAGAAUAUUAUUAACACUAGAGACUGUUGUUUAUAAUUAGUUAUUUUUUUUUUUCAUUUUCUCUAUUACAAGUACAGUCUAUUUAAUUUCUGUUGUGUUUCUUGCAUGCAAAAUGAAGCGGAAAGUGAAAUUACUGUUGCUUCCUCCGAAGCCUCCACCAAAACUUGUAUCUGCUCCUCGGAAUUGGAAGAACUGUCGGAACAUGUGCUGUGGGUCAAUGUCUGAAAGUAAAACAUGUUAAGUGUGAUUCGCAUACAACAUCAACGUCACGUUUACGUUCAGUCAUGUCACGUUGCGUCAAUUAUUCUUCCAUGGAAUUCCUAUUGAAGCAUUCACAUACACCAGCAACGGCAAGUCGAAGUUCCCGUUGCCGGUGUAUGUGAAUGUUUGCAUAAGAACUGCUUGGAAGAAUAAUGUGCGAUCCACAUAGAACGUUACGGAAAAGAAUGUCUACGUUCCGUCACCGUCUCCACCAAUUCACACAUGCAGUCUAUGCUUGCAGCAGCACCGUCACGUCAAAUGUCAAACGAAUGAUUCAUUUAAUGUUAUUCAUGGUGUCGCCACCUACAACAGUCCUCAGUUGCAAUGUCCUCUUUCGAAUGAGCAUGCCUGAAUCAGUUCUAAAUUUAAGAUAAAUUCAAUGGAAAUCAUUGAAAUAUAUAACGUAAAUGCUUAAACCCCGUAGUUCUGACCUUUAUCCAACAAUAAUAAUAUAUAGACUAUGUUUCUCAACUAGUCACGAAUGAUUUUGACUUCGGAAUUUGGAACUAAGAGAUAUGUUGGCAUAAAAAAUAUAACCAAAACAAAACAAAAGUCGAGACACAAAGCCCAGACAAAAACCCAACGAAUCGUCCGUCUCCGUCAAUUAUUCUUUUCUACAAAUCCUGCCGGUCGUUUUCGUUGAACGUAUACUGACGGGUCGUUACGUUGCCGGUGUAUGUGAAUGUUUUCAUAAGAACUGCAUGGUAGAAUAACUGACGUAACGGAACGUGAACGUAACGUGGAUGUUGUAUGUGAAUCGCACUUAAUUGACGCAACGUAACGGGACGGAACGUGAACGUGACGUGGAUGUUGUAUGUGAAUCGCACUUUAUUCGGUCGCUGAACUUUUCCUCCCACCUAAAAAAAUCAACAACGUGACUGUUCAAGAUCCUCAAUGUCAUAUUCACUACCGUAUCGUGUUUUCAUGCCAGCAUCAGAUAAUACCAGCUGUAUGUCCCCACGCCUUGUUUUUGGUGCCAACAUCUCAAACAUCAAAAGUAUUUGUUUUCUUCAAAAUCCGCGAUCCGCGUUGGCGGCAUUGUGCUUCGUUUACUAGUUUAGGGGAGUGUCAACGAAUAGCUGAUUUUAAGUCGGAAUGAACGUUUUCAAAUUUAAAAUUAUGAAUGAAAAUUAGCUUUUCUAUAUCAAAUUAGCAUUCUAUUUGAAUUAAAAACAUUUUUGUUUGCAGGUGGUGAAAAAGUCUCAUACGAAAAUUGUUUAUGAAGACAAUUUUAUAUUAUAAUAAAAAAAAAUCAGCAACACUUUUGGAAUUGUAUAGCCAUAUGGUUUAAUGAAAGUCAGAAAUACGUGUUUCAAGUAAUUAAAUAACAUGAUGUGAAAAUUUUCAUUCAAAUUUUGAAAUUUAAAAACCGGCUUCGUGUCUUCUAAUCUGAUAGAGAUUACACCAACGAGUUUGGGAUACAAAUUAUGUAUGGCCCUAAUUUGAAGUCGACACCACCGCGAAUUACCAAUUUACCACCAUCUGACAUAUCGUGAUGUCGAUGAUGAACUUUUACAUCAGAGGGAUAGUGAGAUAUGCGAUGACGGUAGGUAGAGUGAGAUAGCGAUAAUCGUGUCAUACACCUGGAUAAUACUGUGUACGCUUCGCCUACUUCCUUGAAUUUCAAUUCCUACUCCUUUUUCUCUUCCUCCGAAAAGUUCGCAUAACGAUUCGGGUGAUGAAACUGCGCACGGUUACGAUAAGCCUUUUUGAUCUCAUCUUCGGUGCUUGUUUCGAAACGCCUAAUAUUUUGUAUUAAUCCUUGCGCUUCGAUUUCUUCAACUACAGCUUUGCAUCUUUGAGUGAAGUCUUUAAUUCUAAUUCGUAAUCUUUAACACAUUCCUCGAUUUUUUUUUUGUUAAUCCAAAAUAUAUAUUUUUAUUAAGGCUCAUAUGGCGUCAACCUGACGGGGCCGGGAGUUCAAUAUUUCGACAAUGUUUGCCUUAUAACUAUGUUAGUAAUAUGCAACCGAUUACUCGCGGUUGGCUCGAGGUUAGUAUUACAAGUGUUUUCGUAAUUGUGAUGUUGCUGUCUCCAAUGCUCUGUACCUGUGCCCGACACGGGAUAUUGGGAUGCAGCUGACCAUUAAUCAGCAACGCCCCCCUAGUCUGUACCCCAUAUCUAGCGUGGUGCGUCUUCUCGACUCGAGGAAUCCAGGAUAGAAUGGUCACUAGCCGGCGCAAACAUCAGCUCGUGUAGAGUUGUCAUGAGCGGUACAACCUUUGGCUCUUAUUGAAUGAUCAGUAGACUGCACAACCUUUGGCUCGUGUAUCUGUAAAGAGUGUGUGUAUGUAUUGCCGCGACUAAGUAAAAGUUUAUAGAUCGGAUAGGAGGGAUAUGAAACGGGGACACA